GUUUUGAUAAGCAAAUAGUGCCAAAGCUUAGAGCUUCCCUAUUGGCUAGGACAACUUCAGAUUUUGACACAAGUAAUCAGAUUGAAAAAUCAGGGCGGAGGGGGGAGACAGAGGCCAAAGGGAAAGUGUAGAGGACAGGUUUGUUAAACAUCAGUGAAUCAACAGCAGACAAAGAAGGAGAAAAGAGAAAGUGCCCAGUAAUUGACUCCCAGUACAUCUGGAUUAUUGAGGUAUUGUACUGCAAAUUACUACUAAUGCAGAGUUCAUCCGCUGCAGGUUGUAAUAGGUUUUUAUUUAUUUUUUUAGAAAAAACAUUGCUAAUUAAAAUUUAAAAAAAUAAUUAUUAAUGCUUAACAUAAAACUAACAAAGCCAAUAAUUAUACCUAGAAGUAUAUAUACUUUCAAUAGUGUUUAUCUAUUCUACUUUAAUGGACUUCGUACAACAUAUAACAUACUAGAAUAAUCUAAUAUUAAUAAAAUCUAAAGAAAAAAACAUGUUUAAAAAAGCAGUUAACGUAUUCGUUGUUUUUCACAUAGUUUGCUUGUCUUUUUUUUUAGAAUGUCUGUUAUACUGUAGCUAUUUUUUAUUGUAAUUUUUUUGUUAGUGACUUUUUAAGUAAGGACACUCUGGUGUAAAAUUAGUAUUUAUUGCAGUAAAAUAGUAUACUUUGCAGGUAGUGAUAACUUUUAGUGGACCAAUUAGAGAGUCGUGCAAUAUCUUUUAACAAUUGUCAAUAUCACAUUAAUAUUUGUUUAUUAGCUAUUUUUAUGAAAACUACAAUUGCCUUACUAUUUCAUUUAAUCAAUGUUUACUUUAUGUAAGUAUAUAUUUACUAAGCAGUGACUUAAGAACUGGUUUGCAAAAUCUAGAUCAGAAUAAAUAAGUUGAAAAAAAUGUAAAAUUCAAGCUUUUAAUUUAUUUCUGCUAUCGUUAAUGAUCACUGUGAAAUGUAUUUAUGACAGAAAAAUAGCCAAAAAACAAAGUGUUAAGUAAAGUGCUAUAUUCAUUAAAACCAUCUAGCACUUUGCACCUAAAUAUCUCCCAUUUAGUCUUGGUACAUGUUCCAUAUAUGUUUAAUGUAUAGAUAGGACGAUACUGAGAAGUAUAGGAAAUAUGAGAAAUAAUUGGUGUUUUUAAAAUUAUACAUUCUUCUCUUCUUAAAUUUCACGCAUCUAGCUAUAAUGUAAAUAUACACAUAUAUACAAACAUCUCAAGACAUAUAGUUACAUUGUAGUACAGUAAACCAUAUAAAACACUGUUCACUUAAGAUUAUUAAACUAAAAAAGAUGCCUAGCAAUUUUUUUAAUUAUAAUGUUAAUAUAUAAAAAUAUAUAUGGGCAAUUUUGCCCAGAUAAAUAAAGAUAUCUGAAAAAUAAAGUGCUUCUAAAGAGCAACAUAGCUGCAGGGAAUCCUUUUAAUCUAAAAAGGUAGUUGAUGUAUUCACCCAGUCUUUAGAUUGUAAGCUUCUAGAUACAGGGCUUAAACCUAGGCAGACAUGUCAUAAUGUCAGGAUCUGAAAAUUGGUGCACAAUUGCAAAAAUAGAGCAAUCGCCACGGUAGCCACUUUACAUUGUAGAUACUCAACUUUUAGCACUUUGCACUAGUUUUCAGAACACUUUCAUAAAUCCCCCUAAAGUGUCACUUUACAACCGUCUGUCAUGUUUGUUAUAAUUUUCUGUGUUUUGAAACUUGGUGGGGGUUGUAUAAUUUUUUUUCAAUGUAUUUUUUACCAAAUCACCUAUGUGCUGUUUAUAUCAAUGCCAUUGACUCUGCAAAUGGCUAUCACCCUUAAUUUUGCUUGUAAGUCAAGGCUACAAUUUAGAAUAAAAAAAAUAUAUAUUUAAAGAAAAAUAAAAGUAAAUAUUAUAAAAGCUCUGAAAAUAUAGCUUCUUUUGUUAUUCAGUGUAUCCCUAACUGACUAAAAACAGAACUUAUGAUUACAGCACCAUAUGAGACAUAAAGAUAGCCAGGUCUGAAGGAGUUAUUGACUAAACAGUGAAUUUAAAGUGAAUUGCAUAAUUUAGGCAGAAACUCAAGAGAGGAGUUGAAGAUUUUUUCCAAAUUAGCUUUUUUUGCCAAGAUUUAGCAAUUUACUUUUUACCUCACUAUAAUCUAAGUGAAUUAACCCCUCCAGGAAAUAGUACCUAUACUGUUCAUAGCGGAACUCGUAGACUGUAAGCAUUUCUACUCAUUCUUUUUUUUUUUUAAGCCGGUUUUUAUUUUAAAAAUCCAUAGUUACAUUUUUGAAAACUUGUAAUAAUGUUUAUUAUGUGUUAAAUAACCAUUUUUAUUUCAUAUCAGGGUAGGUUAUUCACUAAACCAGAAAUUAUUGCAAAUUCUUCAUAAUAUCUAAACUGUAAACAAAUGUGCUAUUCUGCAAUGUUUCAGCUCGGUAGCAUUGCAAAUUUUAGCUUAAAAUUGCUGUGUUGAAAAAAACACCCCCCAAAAAACUCUUCCAAUUCAGCAGUUUUUUGUUUGUUUGUUUUUAAAACUCUGCUAUUUCUGUCUAAAUUUUGCUUGAGAUUUACAACUCACAACGUCUCACCAUUUAGUGAAUACACUUCUGACUUUCUUGCAUUCCAGAUGUUGUGGACUACAUCUCUCAUAAUGCUCUUACAUUCAUAAUGCUGUAGAAUCAUCUUGGCAGAUGUAGUCCACUGCAUUAGUAGUGCCAAAGGUUACCUAUCCCUGGCAUAGAUAAUAAUACAUUUUUUUGAACACAUAAAUGAAUGCUGAUUUGUUAAUGAAGAAGUGGUUUUCUGUUAUGAAUACCUAAAUCUUUUAGUAGAAUAGGCACGAUAAUAGCUUUUAAGGAUUUAAAGAAAGUGUAAACAUAGUGAGAUAGACUCCUCUCAACUGUAAGCUCGAUUGAUCAGUGUCCUUACUAACCGAUUGUUACUGUAACAUUUUAUAAUAUCGUAGAGCACUGCGGAAUAGGUUGACGCUAUGUAAAUACCAAAAAAUAAUAAAAUAAUAAUAAUAAAAAACCUUACUCACUAGGCAGAAGGUUGAGAAUAAUUUGUGACAUUUAUGUUACUAAGUCAAUAAUAACUAAGCUUUGGUAUGCAAUAUCUAUCAGUUUAGACCUUAUUUUUUUAACUCAUUCUUUUUCAUCAUAAGGGACAUUCCACUUCCUAAAUAAAAUUAAAAAAAUAACUAUUUAGUAAAUACACACCCAAUUAUAACAUGUACGCAUAUAUUUAUGCAUUUUUUUUAUAGGGGCAUAUGAGUUUAGCUCCACUGAGCUAAGCAACCAGGACUGGUAACAGGACUGACUGCCUGAUUCACAGCCAGGAGGUGUAACAAGUCCAAUUUCUAUUCACACAUAAAACACUUCCUGAAAGGAUUAAUAACAUACAUCACACCAAUACACCAAAACAGACAUUUUCUUAUUUAUUUUUUUAUUUUUAUUAGUAUAGCCUUUGAAUAAUUAUUGUUUUAAUUAUAACUUUUAUAUAGUUUGUUUUCUAAUGCAUCUCUAUACAGUAAUCUCCCCUUAAGGACACAUGACGUGUGUGACAUGUCAUGAUUCCCUUUUAUUCCAGAAGUUUGGUCCUUAAGGGGUUAAAUCUAACAUAGAAUAUAAACAGAUACAAACAUUUACUAAUGAUUCAGAUUUUCAAUUAUUUAACUCUAAUAGGUUUAUGUAAAACUUUCCCUAAAUGAUCUUCUCCAGAUAAGAUAACUAUUAGCUGAGCUGUGCUUAUUAAGUACAUUGCUAAGCAAAAUCAGAUAUCCUUUUAAUGUAUUUUCAGUUAAUUUAAUAUUUAACCACUUCACUAUAUAUAUUUUUUAAAUGGCAUUACAUUUAUUUCAAACCUUUGUUCAAUAACUAGCUAAUCAAGGAUACAAAAAAUAAAAUAAAAAAAUUAGUUGUCCACCCUUUUCAGAAAUAAUUUGGGUGGUUGGUAAAUCAUUUUAGAAUUAUUUAAUGUCCUUUAUCUUGCAGUGCUGUAUGUAAUUAUUAUUAUCAUUAUAAUUGGUAUUUAUAUAGCGCCAGCUUAUUCCGCAGCGCUUUACAAUAAGAGGGGGAUUUACCAAAUGAGACAAUAACAAAAUGUAACAGGAACAAUAGGUAGCUGAGGACCCUGCUCAAACGAGCUUACAGUCUAGAGGAGGUGAGGUAUAAAAACAUAAUAAGAAGGGUAUUGAGAGAGACAGCAAAUAGACAUGGUGGAAAAGUAACAGAGCUGGAGGUGAGAGUGGAAUGUGGCCCUUUAGAAUAGAGAGCAAGAGGAAGGUUUGAGAGAUAGAAGUUACUCUUGGAGGCCAUAAGCAUUCCUGAAAAGAUGUGUUUCGAGGGACUUCUUAAAGGAUUGAAGACUAGGGGAGAGUCUGACAGGGGUAGGCAGGCUGUUCCAAAGGAAAGGAGUCACCCAUGAGAAGGUGCGAGCAACAGAAAGGAGAAGGUCGCCAGUAGGGCAGAAAGACCGAGAGGGGGCAUACCUAUGAAUCAGUGAAGAAAUGUAAGAGGGGCUAGAGUUGGCUAGAGCUUUAUAGGUAAGGGUUAGUAUUUUAAAUUGACACCUAUAAGGGACAAGAAGCCAGUGUAAGAAUCGACAGAGGGAUGAGGUGUGAGAGGAGCGACAGAAGAGAAAGAUCAGCCUGGCAGCAGCAUUCACCACAGAUUGUAGGGGUGCAGUGCAGAUUCUGGGGAGACCAAUUAGAAGAGAAUUACAGUAAUCGAUGCAAGAGAUUACUAGAGCAUGAACAAGCUCCUCAGCAGCAUCUUGCGUAAGAGAGGGGCGUAUGCUGGCAAUGUUUUUAAGUUGUAAUCGACAGGUUUUAGCAACCGACUGGAUGUGAAGCUCAAAGGUGAGGCCAGGAUCAAAAGUGACACCAGGACAGUGAGCUUGAAAGGAUGGGGUGAGGCAGGUACCGUCGCCCUGCAGGGAGAGUGAAGGAAGGGGAUCAGUGUGGGAGGAGGAAAAAUAAGAAACUCAGUUUUAGAGAGAUUGAGUUUCAGAAAGCAGGAGGACAUCCAAUCAGAAGUUAAGGGAGGAGAGAUAUAUCUGGGUGUCGUCAGCAAACAGGUGGUAGUGGAAUCCAAAUGAAUUAAUGAGUUUGGCAAGAGAGGCAUUAUAGAGAGAGAACAAAAGGGGACCAAGAGAUUGAAGAGUUUGGAGAAGGAGGACAUGAUCAACAGUGUCAAAGGCAGCAGAGAGGGAGGUCAAGAAUGUACAGUUUAAAAACUAUGUUACUUGUCAGCAGCAAUCUGAUGGCAUUUAAAGGAGCACUAUAGGGUCAGGAACACAAACAUGUAUUCCUGACCCUAUAGGGUUAAAACCACCAUCUAGCCACCCUGAGCCCCUCAUGCCUCCCUAAAAAUAGUAAAAUCUUAGUUGUAUUCAAGUCUGGAGCUGCUUGCUUUGUCACUGUUUCCUUUAGACCUGCCCACUGCCUGCUGUCAUCAGCAGAAGUGGUAGCCUGAUCCAAUCACAAUGCUUCCCCCCAUAUGAUUGGCUGAGACUGACAAGGAGGCAGAUCAGGAUCAGAUCUCUUUGAGGAAAGUUCAGUGUCUGCAUGCAGAGGGAGGAGAUACUGAGCGUUUGGGUGCAUUUUAGGCAGCCAUGACCCAGGAAUGAUCUCUAAUAGCCAUCUGAGGAGUGGCCAGUGAAGUUAUCACUAGGCUGUAAUGUAAACACUGCAUUUUCUCUGAAAAGACAGUGUUUACAGCAAAAAGCCUGAAGGUAAUGAUUCCACUCACCAGAACAAAUUCAAUAAGCUGUAGUUGUUCUGGUAACUAUAGUGUCUCUUCAAGUGAAACCUGCAGAAAAGAAUAUAAUGCACAUACACAGUUAUAAUGCCCACACAGUGUAAAUAAAGCUUUACUAAUUAUCGUUACUAUAGAGAUCAUUGCACCCGCACAGAAACCAUUUAGUGUACUAAUCCUCCUAUCCUUACAUUAUUUGUUUGUGCAACAUAUUUUACUGUAAAGUGUGUGUGUGUGUGAGGGGCGAUCUAUGAAAGACACUAUGGAGAGUGAUAUAUUAGAGCAGUGGUGCCCAAAAUGUAAAUCCUCAGAUUUUGUAGAACUACACCUCCCAUGAUGCUCUGCUAUGUUUAGAAUGGCAAAGGAUCAUUGCAGAUGAAGUUCUCAAACUGGAGAUCUAUGCAUUAGAAAAAUGACAAAUAAAGGGAAGGGGUUAAUCCUAUUACAUUGUUGCUUUAUCAAAAUUUUAAUUUGACACAAUUUUAAAAAUACAGCACAGCCUCUCAUCCUUCUUCCAUACAUGAAAAUAAAUAAAUAUGUGUGUACAUUAUAUAUAAUGAUCAGCCACAACAUUAAAACCACUGACUAUAUCAUUGGCACCUGUCAAGAGGUGGGAGAUAUUAGGCAGCUAGUGAACAGUCAGUUCUUGAAUUUCAUGUGUUGAAAGCAGGAAAAUGGACAAGUGAAAAGAUCUGAGUGACUCUGAAAAGGGCCAAAUAGUGAUGACUAGACGACUGGGUCAGAGCACCUCCAAAAUGGUAAAUGUUGUAUGAUGUUCCCGGUAUGCAUUGGUUAGUACCUACCAAAAGUGGUGCAAGGAAGGACAACCAGUGAACCGGCGUCAGAGUCAUGGGUGCCCAGGGUUCAUUGAUGCACAUGUGGAGCAAAGGCUAGCCUUUCUGGUCCGAUCACACAGAAAAGCUACUGUAGCUCAAAUUGCUGAAAAACAUAUUUCUGGCCAUGAUAGAAAGGAAUCAGAGCAAACAGUGCUUCGCUGUUUGGUGCGUAGCAGCAGACUGGUCACGGUGCCCCUGUCCACCCUUCAAAGCACCUUCAAUGGGGACUUGAACAUCAGAACUAGACCAUGGAUCAAAGGAAAAAGGUUGUCUGGUCUGAUGAAUCAUGUUUUCUUUUAGAUUGGAUGGCUGGGUACCUGUAUGUAGUUUACCUGGGGAAGAGAUUGCAGCAGGGUGCACUAUGGGAAGAAGGCAGGCCUUCAGAGGCAGUGUUGUACUCUGGGUAAUAUUCUGCUGGGAAACCUUGAGUCCAGGCAUUCAUGUGGAUGCUACUUUAACAUGUAUCACCUACUUAGAGGUUGUUGCAGCCCAUGUAUGCCCUUUCAUGGCAAUGGUGUUCCCUAAUGACAUGGGUCUUUUUCAUCAGGAUAAUGCACCCAACCACACUGCAAAAAUUGUUCAGGAAUGGUUUGAGGGAGAUAAUAAAGAGUUUAAGGUGCUGCAUUAGCCUCCAAAUUCCCCAGAUCUCAAUUCGAUUGAGGAUCUAUGGGAUGUGCUGGAACAACAAAUCUGAUCCAUGAAGGCCCCACCUCACAACUUGCAGGACUUAAAGGAUCUGCUGCUAGUGCAUUGGUGCCAGAUUGUGGAAUCCAUGCCUGAUGCAUCAGAACUGUUUUGGCAGCACCUAUACAAUAUUAGUCAGGUGGUUUAAUGUUGUGGCUCAUCAGUAUAUAUAUUUAUAUCAAUCCCCUUUCCACCAGUGAGGGGAAAUGGAGACACUAGGCUUCCUGUUCUCCUAUAAGAGUAAAUCAGUUAAAAAAACCUCCCAGUGUUCUGUCACUGACUGACAUACAUUAUAUGCUAUUAUAAAUUGGAAUUAUGAAUGGGAUAGUGGGUCUUGGUUUCCUAAACAACCUGUAAUUGUGUAUUCCAGUCCAACAAUAUGCCUUUACAGUUGGCAAUACUUAAACAGGUCUACAUAAGCAAACAGCAGUCAUGUUAUCAUUGAGAGCUGUCUCAAGCAUGACCACCAGGAGAGCAUUAUGGUGAAGUCCAGGUAUUCAAUUCCAGCCUAUUGUACUAUCAGCUGGAACCUACCUAAGUGACACCAUUUACGUCAUGGGCAUGAGUUCUAGUAGUGUCCAUUAUAGUUCCAUUAAUAUGAUGCUCAUACAUUACUGUCAAUUUAUUGUCAUUUAUUCAAAAUCAUGUUAAAAGACUUGUGUAUGAAGCCCAUUAAGUCAUGUGUUUGAAUCAACACUGACUGGUGCCCAGAUGGUAAGCCACCAUAUGUCUGCCAAUCAAUUUCCAAAGCCUUACAUAGAAAAUACAUGAAAGUGACCAGAUUUAAUUUUCUAAAAGUAUUUUUUACAGAAAAAAAACAAAACCUUUUUGGGGAUUUGUUGAAGGUCCCCAGAACUACUGGAUACAUAAAAUCGGAUUGGUAGAUAUGUAUUUCUCUUGUAUUAAAACCAGAAUCACAUUACCCCAUGUAAAAAUAGUGUUUAAAGUAUACACUGUGAAUGAUUUUACUGCAUGAUUCUAUCUCUUUAACACUGGACAGUGCCUGGCUCUGACAAUUCUAAAUCAUUGCAGAUUAAAUGCAAAUUUCAUACAAAUUACGUGCCAUCUGAGUCACAUUUUGAUGCCAACUCUGGAUUCAUUUUCUGCCCGGUGUGAUCAGAUUAUACAGACAGCAGUUACUUAAUGACACAUAGCAAACACUGACACAUCCCUAUGCCAGAGGUCCAUUCACUCAUUUCUCACUAGCCCCAUGACAGCGUUUAUUUUAGACUUUGUUUGCUCUGCCCCUGGCAAAGGAGAGUUAUUGACUGAAUGCAAAAUAGCUAAAACGGGCUUGUCAGUGUAAAAUUAUAGAUUGUGCCCCUAUUGAUUCCAUCCAUCCACACAUCCAUCUAUCUGUCUGUUAGCUAUUUAUCUCUCAAAUUCUCCCACUUCUACAAACAGCUGGGUUCCCAUCAUCACUACCUUUAUCCAAGUCGCUCUUUACUUGGCUUAUCUCAAACGACCACAAAAGUCACCCAGACCACUUCAUCACAAUGAAAUGGUCUGGGAGCAGGGGUCCUGUCAUUUAAACCCUGCAAUGUAAAACAUUACAGUUUUGUAGACAGCCACUAGAGGCACUUCCUCCUCUAGAACUGAGUGAAACUUGCUCCUGAAAUCAUAUGUUGCAGAUAGCAGCAUUUGAUUGGAGAAGCGGUGUUUGACUGCACAUGCCUAGUUCCAAUCCAUUGCUUCUCUAUGAAAAGCAGUGUAUUGGAGGAUAUCAUUGGUGAUGUCAGCUUGGAUGAUGACAUCACUGAAGGGGGAGCUGGAGGCCGCAGCGGAGGAUUCCUGACACUGGAAUUGUUUAACUUAAAUAGGAUAGGGGGGUGGACAGUACUGAAAAAGCUAUAAGUAAGCCUAUAGUCCCAAAAUAACGGUUUUCCAAAGGUAUACACGUUUAGAUUUUUCCCUGUAUUAAUAUAUGUCAUAGAGUCACAGGGCACGGAUGUUAUUAUUACACAGCUCAUCAUAACUCAUUUUAUCAACAACAAAAUCAUGAAACAUUGUGUUGACCCUGCUGGGAAUAAAACCUGAGACUCAGAGGUUUAAAUGAAUACUACAAUUGCGGCAGUAACAGAUGUCUCAAUAGAAAUUGACAGCUUCCUCAUGUUUUCACCAAAAUAAUUCCUUGGUCUCACCGCAGAGUAAUUCAUUAUUCACUUACUUGAAAAUCGUCAGAAAUUCAAAAUGAUUUUCAAGUACAGCUCCUCCUUGAAACCCCUAAUUGAAGUUAAUGGGCCCUCUCCCAAGCCAAGCGAGGCUAGACAAAAUGAACUUAACGAGAACCUGUACCCAACAUGACUUAAGCAAGCUCAAUUAUUAACAAGUUUAUUUAUAGUUUGAAUUAAAGACUUAGUGAACCACUUAUUUUAUAAGGAUGGGUUAAUGACUGGACCAGUUUGUAAAUUUUACGUGUUUAUGUCUAUGUGUCCUAGGAGAUGCCCCGCUCGUUCCUGGUGAAGAGUAAGAAGACUCACACGUACCAGCAGCACCGCUACGUCGAGGACAAAUGUUCCGUGGAUGAUCUUGUUACAAGUUUAUGCCAUGGUAAGAAGUGUUCCAUUUUGUUAAUAUUUUAGGACUUAAGUCCUAAGUGGACAUGUGAUCUGUUUACAAUAAUUCCCUUUUUUAACUUCAACAAAAGGUCUUCAGGCUGAAGAAUAUAUAUAUAUAUAUAUUCUUUAUUUUUGCUCAGGUCUCGUAUAAAACAAUAGAGAGCACCAAAUAUCAUAAGCAAGCACGAUGAGAAAAAAUUAAAACAGGUGCAAAACUGUUGGCACAUGGAGGCAGACACGUGAGUUGAAUUUUUUUGUAGAAUACAUAAAGGAACAUAAGACAAAGAAGUCUUCAAUAUAAUAACAUUAAUUGUAAAUAAACAACAAAAUGAGGACCUAUGCUGUGAUCCUAGCGUGCCAUGGGCUGACCUAUCUAGGAUAGUAAAAAAUUACGGAAAGACAGGCACAGAGUAGGAGUAUUGGUGAGAUAGCAGAACAGGUGUUAUAUAAAAAAACCUAUGGAGCCAGAGAGAACAGGACAAGAUACGUGCGCAUCAAAAAACAGAACCAAAAUGCAAUGUAAAAUAAAACAAGGCAGAGUCCUCAUGGUCUCAAGCAGGAAGAUCUGCCUUCCCUAUUAAGACUAGACCUGGAACAAAUGGAAUAAUUGAGCCACCGAAGCACGCUUUGCGACCCUCUGGUGUAAGAGAUUCUGUCUGUAGAUCUAAUGCUUGAAGAAAAGGCGGUGUGUCCUGGGGAUUAGAAAGAGGGUACAUCUUGCCAUCCUUCUCUGCUUAUAAGCAAUGCAGGUCCCAUUGAUAUGGGAUUUUAGCUUCACGAAGUAGCUUAUAAUGUUGCAAAAUAACUGCCUCCAAAGCACGGUAGGUGUUGAAAGAUCCCUAUAGAGCGAUAACUGGGAGCCCUCAAAGGUCGAAGUGAGAAAUGCUCUUGUUGCCCUUAUAUAACAGAUCUAUCAGAAUCUCUCUAAAACUGUACUAGAACAUCCCUGGAAACCUCCAAGUGGGUCUUUGCGGCCUUAGGCAGACAAAAACAGCGAUCAUUAGCGUUUUUUUUUGGUUUGUUUAGGGGACAGCAACAUAGAUAUUAAUCACUGGAUAUAGUGAGGUAGCUCCUCAGGGGAAACAGCCUAUGGUUCUCCUCUGAUCAGGACAUUGUGGGCAUUUGCCCUAUCAUCAAGGUUUGCCAACCUUAUGCUUAAGUCGUCACAUCUUUUCUGUAGGGUAUUCAUUGCAGCAUCUGUAGUGGACUGAGCCACUCAUGUGUCCCCUAGGUUUUUUCCAGACACACUCAAUAACAGACACACACAAACUAACACACACAGUAACACCCACAUAAAAACUAAUACACUCACUGACACUCACAAGCAGACACACACAGUAACACACACACUGACACACAAAAACUAACACUAGCACACACACUCUAACACUAACACACACACACUCUAACACUAACACACACACUCUAACACUAACACACACACAUGUUUCUUUAAAAUUUUAUCCCCCAGCCUCCUUACCUUUGGGAGAACUAAGGGAAUUUCCUGGGGUCCAGUUGUGCUGCUGGGCGGCCAGUCACCGGGCGGGCGGGCUGGCUGGUGCACGCGCGAGGGAGCACUCUCCCCAGAGCGCUCUCUGCCCAGCUCCCUUGCGGCGCCGCGCACUGAUGCCAGAGCCGGAAUGACGUCAUAUUCCGGCUCCGGCAUCACUGCGGUGCGUGAGUGCUCCCUCGAGCUGCCCGCCAGCCAGCCUGCCAGGCGACACCAGGGCCAGCCUCGGGGGGCCCUGAGGUGGCCAACUCCUGGGCCCCCCAGGAGAAGAGGCUGGCCACACUGGCGUACAUGCCGGGUCGCAGGGUGGCCGGGCCCCCUGGUGGUGGGGGGCUCUGAAGGAAAUAAUGUCAUUAAAAGUUAUGUUGUAGAAAUGCAAAUGUUUGUGGUUAAAAUGGUGUGGCUAAAGCAUCUGCACGGGCCACCCCAGAGUCUUAAAGCAUUCCUAUGUAGGCAGGGUCAUUUUGUAUGAAUGGAGACCUACAUUGCAACGUCAUUAGCUGAACUAAUUUGUAGGGUCACCUGUGUACAAGCAGGGACACCUGUGUAGAAGCAGGGGGACCUUCAGAACUCCUAGUAUCAGGUGUCUGAGAACUGAGGUUGAGAAACACUGCUUCGAGGUGUGGCUUUGGAAUAUUUACUGCUCGUGAAAUGUCAACAGUUAUUCUCAGCCCUUCAGGCUCAUUCAAAUGAGGUUUAUUCAAAUAUCAUUGUGUGCUCAUUUUCUGCUUAAUCCCUAAGCACGAUAACUGUUUUCCUGGAACCGACCUCUAUAUUAACAUCAAGUUUAACCAUAAAACAGGAAGAUUCCCAAAGCUGUUCAGAAAACUAAUCCAAGUUCAUUAGUUAUUUGUUAAAGGGGUAGACAGGGUGCCAAAAAGUAUGAAGCCUGCCAGAACUGUGUAAAUCAGGGCUGCUCAUCCAGAGUCCUUCAGUUAUUGAUUGAUUGCAAAUGAGCGGAGCCCGGUGGAUCCAAGUCAAAGUCAAACUGUUCUAAAAUGGUUUGACUGCUUACAAUAUGGAGAGUUAUUUUAAGCAUCUUGUAGGUUCUAGGAUUGUUCCUGAAUUUUAAUGUUAUCCUCUCUGAGAGGAAGAGUAAGUUAUACCCUUUGCAAUUCCACAAUGAACUUUGUUAAUACUGUUUAUAUGCCUUUUCUAACAAUUUUGCAAGACAAUGUGUAGACCAAACAUCAUUCUUUAUCUACGACACUUUUCUGUGAGUGUCAGGGUGACAGGGAUAUUCAGUAUUCUGUACAGAAUUCCUAGGAAGGCAUAGUCCUUAAAAUCCAGGAUAGGGUGUGUUAUAUUUCUAAGUCACAUUAGUGUGAAGAUGAUGUAUCUAUGUUCAAGGAAAUGUUUUUUCAGCUCAAUCAAAGCCGGAUUUGAGACACAAUAAGUUGGCUCUGCGUCCAUACAAACACUGUGGUUUCUCAAACACAAUGUGUCAAUAACUCUCUAUUUGUAACAUUGGUUUUGGCAAAUAAUUGACUUUGGUAAUGUGAAAUCACGUCAAUAUUAAAAUGAAAAUAAAGACUAGUUAAUGUCUUGAGAGACAAAUUUUAAAAGCAACAACCUGGAUGCAAAAUCCAGGGAGAUGUUAUUCACCAUUAGUUAUACAGGACCUUGAUGAAAAGUACAUUAGUCCCUAAAACAAACUGAUCAACUGAUCGUGACACAUCUUAUUAUUUGUUUUUGAGAUGGUUCCUAACUUCAUGUAACUCCAUCAAACAUCUGCUCAUUGCAACGAAGGUUGUUGGAGAUUUUCACAUGCUGUAGACACCGCUUUUUACAAGUUUCACUUUAACACAUUUAAAUAUCAUGGAUACAAAAUUGAGAUUUGAUAAAUUGACAAUUGAUAAAAAUACAAAAUCUGAGGUUAAUUAGCUGCCCGCAAUGUUCUUUUACAUCACCAAAAUUUAAAUAUAAAAAAUCUAUAUUCAUUAAUUUAUUUAAUAAGGCUAAAUCCCAUAAACAAACAUUAAUGAAAAGUAGGGUGUAGCGGACCACGGGUAACCCGACUGGUUACCUCCGCUGAUGCCUUCUCUCUGGAACCAAUCUGGAACCAUUAAAACAAUUUGACAUCCAUUCCCCCAGUACCCAGAUGAAAAAAAAUCUAAUCAAAAUAUACAGUACUCCAAAAGUACCCUCACCAUAACUAGGAACCCCACAAAAGUUAUAUCUCCCGAUAGCCCUGAUCUGAGUGUAUGACAUAUUUAAAUAUCACUCAGAUCAGUUUGGUGAAACUGGAAUUCCACCGGGGCAAAGUCUCUGUUCCAAGGUUCCGCUGCGAACAUCACGCAAGGGAUUCUCUCAAUUUCAGGGUACGAAUGCUCCCCCUGUUCGAUAGUUCUCUUUCCCCAAACGUUGUUCACAUAGUUGGUCGGGAAGUAGAACGGGCAGCACUCUAAUCUUUACCAGGGUUCGUGAGUGUUCCAGGUACUCAAUGACCAAGUGCCGCUGCCCAUGUUCGUGAGACAAAAUGGACACCACUCCUUUGUCGACCAUGUGCAUUCGGUUAUCUGAAAUGGCGGCCACCCAGGGGAAGUAUUCAUAAAUUACUUCCCUUGCGGUUUUGUACUUAAGUUGCUGGUGUGAACGUUCUAAUGGCGUACAGGGGUGGUUCUCGCUCGGGAGACGAAUAGCGGGUGUUCGUAUACCAUAAUUCCGUACGGAAAAAGGCAAAAUUGUGGAAACUGAGCAAAACAGAUGAAAUUAGCAGUAGGUUCCAUGAAGAACAGAAGAUACAGAAACCCUAUGGGAGAAUUAAUCUAAAGCACAGAAAAUGUAUUUAUUAAUUCCUAUACAGCUGGAGUGUCCAGAUAAGAAGAUAUUUAUUCAUAAAUACAAAAAGAAUAAUAAAUUAGGACAUUUCUUUAUUUAUAUGUUUCAUUAUAUUUAUUGUAUAAUAAUUUUGUCUAUUUUCUAUUGUGAGUUAAUGAUAUGCUUUUAUAGUUCUACUAAUUUAAGAUGUCUCCUUACUGCCACUAUAAAAACAUUAUCUUCUCGAAGCGUGGAACAUAUGGGACGAACAAAAGCACAAAUAUACGAACCCGACAGAUAAUCAAAAUAUACAAAAUAACAUCACGAUUAGCUAGACACUCCCCUGAAAGGAGGCAACACACUCAGACAACACGCUCACAAGGAAUCAAGUGACAAAACCAUACACACACACAUCCAUGAUAGCAACUGACAUACCCGCAGCGCAAUCCUACACCCUACUCUCACAUAUCCAACCCUCUCCCCCCCCACCUACCACAACCUACUCAGACCACAGCCACCCCACAUCCACCACAUCCGCCACUGCCGCACCUACAGAGACAGCACUCACAGAAGAAUUCCAAAGACCAAAAGUACCAAGUCUAAACCACUACUACCGAAUAGCUAAACACACAACUGCGGACCUACACAGUCUUAAAUGUGAGAUACCCAAUGCAAGGCAACUGAAAGUAUUGUAUAAUCCUGCGAUGUACUGUGGAACUUAUAAUGUAUUGUAAAGUAUUGUACCAGGCAAAAAUAUUUCCCCCUCCCUCCUCCCCCUCUUCUCUUCUGUACCCCUUCCUCCGCCCCCCUUUGGAAAAGAAUAAAAAUUGUCAAAUUCAAAAAAUAAUAACAUUAUCUUCAUGUUUUUCAUUAUAUAUUAUUUUUAAUGAUGAACUUCAUCUUAUUUAAUAAUGUGAUCUUGUAUAAAAGUGAGCUUUACAAUAAUGCUAAAUGAUAAUGAUAAAUAACGUUAACAAAAAUAAAGGCUGUAUUCUCUACCUUUCUCUAACGAAGUAUAUUCCAGUGAUACAACAUGUUCUAUUCUUUUCUCAGCUCCGUGUUCUGAGCCUCCGGCAGAAAUUUAUCCAUUCUGCUCUACACUUGAAGAACAUAUACCAGAAAACUUACUUAAGCAUGAGCCAUGUGUUGAUCAAAAUAAAGAAAAAGACAAAGUCAUGUUCUUGAGCAGAAUGCACUCCACACCUUCAGUUGAAGGUACAUCAAUGAAAGCACCCAAUCUUUAGAUUAAAGUAAGAGAACGAAUCCACCUCACAUGAUGUCCCAAAGUUCUAAUUGUAUUGUUGCUCUUUCUUCUCCUCUCCAGGUAUUACCCUGUCUCCUAUCCCAAUAAAAGCCUACAACACACCAGCUCAUCUAUCCGCCUUCUACAAACAACAUUUUUCAUGGAACAACUUGCAUUCUGCUUAUGGUUUUAAACACAUGCCAUCCCAUUUGCACACAUCCCUCUUGCAGCACUCAAUAAGCAUGUAUAGCAGUCCCCCCACACCUGAUGCAGAAUCCGAACACCCCAUCAAUUAUAGCCUUGGGUACUCACCAACCAUGGACACCUACCACUGUGUCAAGUGUAACAAGGUAAGAUUUUCAGGAUGGUCAUAAGGUUCCAACUAUACUAUACUGGAAAUCUGUGAUUGGGAUCAGUUCAUAGGAACAUACAUGGUUUAAUUAAAAAAACAAAUCUCACUACAAUUGGUCAUGUAACUACAGUCAACCGUUUGUUCCGUUAGUGAAUGUAUUAGUUUAUGGCAAAUUAGCAAAGAAUGUCCCAAAACUGUGGACUUGCCUUGGGAGGUGCUAUUGGAAGCAAAUGUCACUGUUCUAAAUGUUAGCUUCCUACAGCUUUAUUUUUGUUUUAUGCAUAGUUUUAUUAAUAUUAACUUUGUUGUAACUUUAUUAAAUUGGUUGGAAGUCAUUUGAUUUUUGUUUGCAACCAAAAGAAUAAAACGUAGAGUCUUAGACAAUCAACUACAGAGAUAGAGUGUAGAUCCCCUAACAUAAGUACAUAUUUUCCUCUUGCAGGUCUUCUCCACAUCCCAUGGGCUAGAGGUCCAUGUUCGGAGAUCUCACAGUGGCACUCGCCCAUUUGUCUGUGACAUUUGUGGGAAAUCCUUCGGACAUGCUGUCAGUCUUGAGCAACAUCAGAACGUCCACUCACAGGUGAGAAAUUACACUUGUUAAGUCUUAAUAGAAUCAUAUAAUGAUGCAAGCAUCAUGCCAUUGUUCUUUCAUAAAAUAUUGCUCUAAUAUUUGUGAAAAUAAUAAUAUUGAUAAUAAGAGGAGGAAGAACAAGUAAAAAGAAGUAAAACAUUCUUGAAAUGGUAGGGACCAGAAAAGUACACCUCUCUACAGGGUAUGCCAAAAAUCUGCAUAGUGGGCUUAUGCUGGCUUCAAUUAGGACACGAAGGAAAAGGCUAUAAAAUGAUGAUGGGGAAAGAAUGUGAAAUUGUGUGUAAUAAACUAAGGGGUAUAUAAAAUGGGGAAGAAUUUGGCAUUAAGAUGACAAUGCAGGGAUAUUGAAUGAAAUUUGAAUUUCAAGGGAGAUUAUUUCAAAUACGGAGCAAUAUUACAUUUAAUUAAAGGGGAAUAAAUUGUGAAUGAUUGAGGACUAUAUGAAUUCAGAAUGAAAGGAGGUUUCAAUGGGUAUGGUGGAUAUAAAAUGACUUCCCUGUAAUAAAUCCUCUCUUUACACUGACAGGAGCGCAGUUUUGAGUGUAAGAUGUGUGGGAAAACAUUUAAACGUUCUUCUACGCUAUCCACCCAUCUCCUCAUCCAUUCAGACACCAGGCCCUACCCUUGCCAGUUCUGUGGCAAACGUUUUCACCAGAAGUCGGACAUGAAGAAGCAUACCUACAUUCACACAGGUGAGAGAAUAGUGUAGUAUAUUUCUCAGUUCAUUUAUGUAGGCAAUAAAUCCCAUUUCAAUCACUGGGAUCAGUGUGCAAAAAAAGCUGCAAGCAGUUUAGGUACAUGCUUUCUUAUCCCAGUACUGUAGGUUAAUUUAAAGGCACAUUCUAAGGACUAAAACCACUGCAUGUUAAUUUAGUGGUUUUGGAGUGUAGACUGUGGUGUUUUUCUCAGACAAUUCAAAACAUUGCCCUUUCUGGGAAAUGUCAAUGUUUACAGCAAUAGAUUUUGCGCUUCUUUAUGAGAAACAUUGGAUUGGCAGAAUGCGUUGAUGGCUCUGGAUCUUCAAUGCUUCUCUAUGAGAACUAUUGUAUUGGACCUAGAUCCUUCAUAAUGAUCUCCCUCAGAAGAUGGUGCAGCUGCUAUGGGAUGAUUGUCUUGGCUCUGGAUUACAGAUCAGCUUGAUGAGUUUUUUGUUAUUUUAUUUUUCAUUUUAAAACUGGGGAAGGGACACCCUAAUCUACAGCAAGGAACACCCUAAGAUUAAAAAUAAAUAUAUUUUCUUAAUAUUAGAGUGUUCCUCUAAAGCCUGGUUUCUCAACCUGUGGUAUGCGCACCAAAAGUAGAUGGAGCAAGGGCUGGUGGAACCAUAAGGCGGCACAGGUGGCUGCCUUAGAGCACACUGGCCCAUGGGGCUCAAGAUCCGGGUGAGGGAAGUGCACAGCACAGCUCUCCUCCUCAUGGUCACACCUCCACUCAGACUCCUAAUAUGAAAGUGUCCCGUUGUCCAUUUGAAAUGUUGGGAGGUAUGGUCCACUUGGCUGCGCUACAAGGAGGGAGGUUAGCAGGCACAAGAGGAGGGAAGAGACCACAAAGGGACCAGGGGAGGGGCGAUACACAAACAAAAUGUGCUGGGGGGAGACAGAGACAAGCAGAGGGGAAGGGGAGAAAGGGACACACAGAGGGCUGGGGGAGGAAAGAGACACAGAGAGGGGAAGAGGAGUAAGAGACACACAGAGGGGAAAAGGAAAAAGAAACACACAGAGAGGCUGGAGGGAGGAAAAAGACACAACGGAGCAGAGAGGAGAGACACACAGAGAGAUACAGAGGAGCUGGAGAAGGAGAGAAGUAGACACAGAGUAACUGAUGAAGUGAAAAAAAAGACACACAAAGAAGCUGUGUGUGAGAGACACACAUAGUGUCUAGGGAUGAGGGAAAAACACACAGAAGUCUGGGGGAGGGGGAGACACAUAGAGGAGCUGGUGGAGUAAAACACACAUAAAGAGGCUGAGGCAAAUAAGAGACACACAAAGGGUCCGGGAGAAGAAAGAGACACACAAAGGGGCUUUGGGAAGUAAGAGGCACACAAAGGGGCUGAGGAGACAUAAGAGGCACACAAAGGGACUGAGGGUAGUAAGAGACACACAAAGUGGGAAUUAAGAUAUAUACAAGGUGGUGUAAGACACACAGAGGGGAAAAAGGGGCAUAAGAUAAACUAAAGGAAGGGAGUAAGUAAUUUAAAGGAGGGCAUAACAAGUUUUAAACGCGAAGGCAUACAAAGUACCCAAGAAAUUGAAGAUUUUUUCUUUUUUAGGGUUCUGUUUUCUGAUUUAGUCUACUAUAUUUGCCCCAAAGCUAUAUGUUUGUUUCAAUUCCCUCUGUGUAUAAAUGAGUAUGUGUGUCAGUGUCCUCUGUGUGUAAGCAUGUGUGUCAGUUUCCUCUGGGUCAGUGUCUACAAAUUUCAUUUGGAAUUUAAAUCAAUAGAAAUUACUUUCUCGAGGCAGGGAAUUUUUUUUUAGAUCUGCAGGCAUUCUUCUCCGCAAAAGGUUGAGAAAUACUGCUGUAAAGAACACGUACAUGGGGAAGCAAAUUCAGAGUCCUGGAUUCUUAAAGGAACACUAUAGUCACCUAAAUUACUUUAGCUAAAUAAAGCAGUUUUAGUGUAUAGAUCAUUCCCCUGCAAUUUCACUGCUCAAUUCACUGUCAUUUAGGAGUUAAAUCACUUUGUAUCUGUUUAUGCAGCCCAAGCCAUACCUCCCCGGCUAUGAUUGACAGAGCCUGCAUUAAAAAAAAACUGGUUUCACUUUCAAACAGAUGUAAUUUACCCUAAAUAAUUGUAUCUCAAUCUCUAAAUUGAACUUUAAUCACAUACAGGAGGCUCUUGCAGGGUCUAGCAAGCUAUUAACAUAGCAGGGGAUAAGAAAAUCUUAAUUAAACAGAACUUGCAAUAAAGAAAGCCUAAAUAGGGCUCUCUUUACAGGAAGUGUUUAUGGAAGGCUGUGCAAGUCACAUGCAGGGAGGUGUGACUAGGGUUCAUAAACAAAGGGAUUUAACUCCUAAAUGGCAGAGGAUUGAGCAGUGAGGCUGCAGUGGCAUGUUCUAUACACCAAAACUGCUUCAUUAAGCUAAAGUUGUUCAGGUGACUAUAGUGUCCCUUUAAUAUGGAUCUGCUUGUGUCUUAUAUCUGUUUUUGACCUCCUUAAAACUUAUUUUUAAAAAUCCUCUAGAAUUAUAACAUUCAAAUUUCUCUCUGGGGCUGACUUACUCAACAGAAAAACUGCUUUCAACAUCCAUUCUCCCAUUGCUUGAGCUGCCAAAUUUAGUAGUUUCCCAUGCAUUUGGUGCCACAGAUUAAUGCGGGGCGCAGGCCGAGGGGGGCGCAAAAUCAAUUGUAAAGUUGAGCAGUGAUUUUUGCGCCCCUUGCUCAGCCGGCGCGUCCAGGCAGUGUGCGGCUCCAUUAAGGAAUCGCACGAAAAGUGCCCGAGGGGAAGCGCCUCCCCCUCGCGGUCUGCGUAGGACUACCCGGCGCUCAGCAUGACUGAGACACAGGCAAAACGUCAGUGAUGGAGGCUAGAGAGGAGAGCCUUCCACUGGACCGCCGGCUCUGUGAGUGCUGCGUGGGACGAGGAUUUCAUAGGUAGGUAGGUAGAUUUCAACAAGGAGGGAAGGGAGAUAUUGAGGAAGGGUGGAGGUUGGCAAGGGGGGAGAUAUUUAGGAAGGGGGAGGUUGGCAUGGAGGGAGAUAUGGAUGGACGGGGGGAAAUAUUGAGAAAGGGGAUAGGGUGGUAUAGAGGUAGAUGAGGAUAGGAGAAGGGAGGUUGGCAAGGGGGGAGAGAAAUGUAUAGGAGGGGGGAUGUUGCCAAGGAGGAGAGAUAUGGAUAAGAGGGAGAGGUUGGCAAAGGGGGGAGAGAUAUGGAUGAAAGGGGGGAGGUUGGCAAGGGGGGGAGAGAAAUUGAUGAUAGGUUGACACCCAACUACAUCACAUGCAGUCCCCACAAUACUCAGACAGCUUGAGUUCAUCUGUCACAACCAAAGUAUUUGUUAACUAUAUAAAAAAAAAAAAUGUAGUGACAACAGUAAAGACUCCUGUUUGUAAUAGGGUGCAAGGCCGGACUACCCUGGGGCUGCUGUGGGAUGUGGCCUUUAAGAAUUUGGCAGUGGCGGGAUUCAGAUGUGGCCAUAAGUGUGUGAGAGAGUACUCUCACGGCCAAUGUGAUGUCACCUUUGUUGUCGACGGAAAUCUCAUAUCCGGCAUCUUUUUCCUUUUGCAUGGAGACUGUUAGAAGUCCUCGGGAGUGCGAUCUAAAUGCCAUGUUUUUUUUGUUUCAUCCCCAGUCCGGCACUGAUAUGGUGUGAGGUCCCAGUGUUAUACUUGUAAAAAGCUGUGAUUUAUCAGUGUUGUAUUUGCAAUAAUGUGAAAUGGCCUGUGUUGUGCUUGUCAUAAGGUGUGAUGUGCCUGUACAAUGUUUGCAUUAUGGUGACAAGCAUUCCUCUGGCACAUCACCAUCAUCACACAAGUCUAAAUUUGUGUGUGUUAAAUAUAUUUUUGAUUUGAGGUUGAUAACACAGAUUAUUACUGGCAUUACAGGUGACCCUCGUUUUACCACCUACCUGCUUUACAACGGCUCGCAGUUACGACCAGCUCUCGUGAGGUGGUAAGUGCGAGCCAUCGUGGGAAUUAGAGGGAUUCCCUGCUCUGCUGCAUUCUUCUAUGUUUGGGGAUAUUUCCCCGAACAUAGAUGAACGCAACAGAGCACGCGAAUCCCUCUAAUCUAUGUUUGAGGAAAUUUCCCUGAGCAUAGAUUAGAGGGAUCCAUGCUCUUGUGCAUUCAUCUAUGUUCGGGGAAAUGUCCCUGAACACAGACAUGCGCACCAGAGCGUGGAAUCCCUUAAUCUAUGUUCGGGGAAAUUUCCCCGAACGUAGAUUAGAGGGAUUCGCCUGCUCUGUUGCGUUCCUCUAUGUUCAGGGACAUUUCCCCGAACAUAGAAGAACGCAGCAGAGCAGGUAAUCCCUUAACUCCUCACUUACCGACCAAUUCAUUCUACGACCAGCUCGUAGGAACCGAACCCGGUCGGUAAGUUAGGGGUGUCUGUAUCGGGAAAGCAGCACUUUUAAAAAUGUAAAAUGAUUUUCAUCAAGGUUUUAUAUGUCUUCAGAAUGUGAUACAGCAUGUUUAGCCAAAAUCCCAUUUGUGUAGUAUGCUUACAAUAGAAAUGCAGACAAUCGAAAAUGAAUGAAAGUGAGCCUCCCUUUAAUACAGUGAGGGGUUUAUUCGCUAAAUCCAGAAUUGCAGUAAAUUAGAAAACAAGGUUAUUCACUAAAGUGAGAAUUGCUGGGAAUUCAAAGUGAAUUUAAAAUUUAAGGCCAAAAUAAGCAAACUGGAAGCGGAGCUGACUUGGAGAACUUUUCCUGUUUGGCUACUUUGGUCUUAAAUUUUAAAUUCACUUUGAAUUGCCAGAAAUUCUUAUUUUGUAAAUAACCCUGCAAAUUUGAUCAUUUAGGCAGAAGUAGCCAAGCCAUGACUAUAGCUGAGUUGGAGAAUUUAUUCCAAAUCAGCUAUUGUUGCAUAAAUGUUGCCAUUUGGGAUUGCAAUCCACUACAAUCUGGAGUUUUAGUGAGUAAACCGCCAAUAGCGUUAUUCACCAAAGUGUGAAUUGCCACAAUGUCAAAGUGAAUUUCCAAACUUUGCUUUUGCAGGCGAGAAACCUCACAAGUGCCAGGUUUGUGGAAAAGCCUUCAGCCAAAGCUCCAAUCUCAUCACGCACAGCCGCAAGCACACAGGCUUCAAACCCUUUACCUGUGAUCGUUGCGGGAAAGGUUUUCAGCGAAAAGUGGAUUUGCGCAGACACAAAGAGAAUCAGCACGGAAUUAAAUGAGUUCAAAUUUCCUUCGGAUUUGCCAAAUCUGUUCUGUUUCUAGGAUGUCUCCUCUAUAAGUUAACAUUCCAAAAAGUCAAAAUGCUCCAUUUUGGGCCAUGGGAGUGGCCGUUUUUAUUCAGCCUGUCACCUAAACGUCUAUACGUGGCACAAUUUAGCUGCGUCUGUGUUCAGCUUCUUGAACAGUAAAGUGAUUUGCAUGCUCUUGUCAUCUUCUUUACCAUCCUAUAAUCCUUCCAAUAUGUACAUAAAUAUGUAUCUCAAUAUGGCGGGUUUGGUAUAUAUAAAAUUUAUAGUUACACUAUUUCCAACACUAUUAUAUAGAAAAUGUCAUAUAUUUGGCACAGCACGUAGAACAGUACUUAUAAAGUUUUCUGUUUACCUGUAAGUGGUUUUAUUUGAAAAAAAUUGUUAAAUUACAAAUAGGAUAGAAUUGUGAACGAAAUCUUAUCCCUGGAAAAUGUGUACUAUUUUACAGUUGCUAACACUGUUGUAUUUAGCACUGCUGUGUUCUCUUUGCAACUUCUGGCAAUCUCUGUUUCUGGAGUUACAUCACCGAUGUUUUGUCACACUAUCUUUCAAGCUGAAGAUGCUACAAGAUUUAAGCUGGACCUUCCUGUGAAUGAAUGCUGUACCUUCCACAAGUUGUAAAAAUGUUAAUCUCCUUACUGCCAAGUGUUUUUCAUUAAAAACGUGUAAUAUUUAUUAUAAAUAUGAGAUAAAUAAAAAUACAUGAUAAAAC